AUGAGUGCCAGCUCCUUGGCAAUUGUAGAGCUGCUACGUCCUCCUUUGAGACAGGAAUCCGACACACACCCCACUCCAAGAUCCGUUCACCAGCGAUGCCACCAGCUUUCUGCCUUGAAGGCGGCGCUCCCCGCCGCGCUCUCCCCAGCGCUCACCAUGGCGCUCUGGCUUGUCGCCUUCAACGUCUCGUCGUGCCACGCGCAAGUGAUCAAUGCUUCUCAAGGGUUGUUUCUCAGCGACGUCAAGACGGGAUGGGGCAUGGGGUGGAAGGUGGGAGACAAAUGCAGCACUGCGGCAUCUAUCCUGUGCGACGCUUCAGGCAUGAUCACCUCGAUGUGA